AGUGUACCAGUGCUAGCUUCGUUCACUGGUGUAGGGUCAUACUAACAAAGUCCGCUAUAGUAUACAGCGAAGGACCCGAAUACAUAAGUAGUAAAUUUUCAAGAACCUCUGUAUUGGUUUGGCUUCACAGGCCACCAUGGCACCUGCCACUUGGCAAAUGACGGGCGGAGCGGUCUAUGCGCACCUUUUGGAUAACGUGCUUCUUCUUCCCCAAGGGCACCCUAUUCGUCUCAGUUUUGCACAACAAGGAUACGAAUCGGCCGAUGACCUCCUAUGUAUUUUUGAGAAUGAACUUGAAACUCUUGAAUACAUUCCUCUUGCCCCUGCUGACGGCCCCGAAACUACGGCACCGAUCAUCUGUCAUUUCCUCCGGUGGCAAGCGUCCCUUGAGCGUCAAAAGGGAACUCCUUUGAAGAACUCCGAGCUUGCAGCCCUGAACAACGAAGACUUUGUCCUGUACCGCCGAUCCGCUCUCGGCCAGGUCUCUUCGACUGUUGCUCCAAUAGUCACAAACCCCAAUGCUGCAAUCCCCACCGCUAAAACUCGACCUGCUGUGGAAGAUUUCAAGCACGACAGGUACUGGGAUAAUUUCUAUCGGUCCUUCGUCGUCACUGCCGUCUCCCAUAACGUUGAGAAGGUACUCGACCCAUCAUACUUGCCUACUGAUCCACUGGAAAAGUCGUUGUUUGAAGAACAAAACAAGUUCGUAUACUCAGCCUUGGAGCAUACACUUCAGACGGACAUGGGCAAAAAUAUCGUUCGAGAACAUAGUUUUGAUUUCAAUGCCCAGGAAGUUUUCCGUAAAGUGGUCAAGCACUAUACAGAGUCCGCCUCUGCAAAGAUCAGCUCCUCUACCACUCUAGGAUACCUGACCACGGCAAAGUAUAGCUCAUCAUGGACUGGCACAGCGGAGGGAUUUAUCCUACACUGGAAGAAUCAUUUGCGUAUAUAUAAUGAUACCGUCCCUACGGGUGAGCAGCUCCCACAACAGCUUUGUCUCAGUCUAUUGGAGAAUGCUGUCCAUGAUAUACCCGAACUUCGUCAGGUUAAAAUCACGGCAACUUUAGACUUAGCAAAAGGUGGCAGCCCUAUUAGUUAUGACGGUUAUCUCAGUCUACUACUUGCAUCAGCAUCACUCUAUGACAAUGGCAACAACCUAUCUAAUGCUCGUGGCAACAAGAACAAACAUCAUGUUUAUUCUACUGACUUAGUCUACCAUCCAACUGACUUCGACAAUGAUCUAGACGUGCUACAAGCCAAUACGCAUAGCCAUGGUAGCAGCGAAACCGCGGACACUUUCCAUGAUUGCGCACCGGAGACUGAGUUGUUGGCUCACCUUACUGACCGCGUCAGUCGUAUGAACGAUGGUGAUAUUCGUAAAGUCCUUGCAGCAUCACGUGACAACGUCUCCCCACAACCAGGAGCGAGACCCAAAUCCAUGCAAUCCAAUAUGCUACGUUAUCAAGUCUCUCGGCAUAAUGUCAACGGUACCACUGCAGCUCUUGUCGAUCGUGGUGCUAAUGGCGAACUUGCCGGGGCGGACAUCAUGGUGCUCAACAAAACAGGACGUUCCGCCAAUAUAACUGGUAUUAAUGAUCACACAUUGUCCGAUUUGGAUAUUGUCACCGCUGCAGGAUGUGUUGAAUCCCAUACCGGUCCUAUCAUUGUAAUUAUGCAUCAGUAUGCGUAUCUUGGCACUGGUAAGACUAUACACUCCAGUGCGCAACUCGAGCAUUUCCAUAACAACGUUGAAGACCAUUCACGUACAGUUGGUGGAGACCAGCGCAUUGUGACCUUAGAUGAUUAUAUCAUCCCCUUGCACAUCCGCCAAGGUCUUCCAUAUAUGGAUAUGAGGUGCCCAACAGAUGCCGAAUUUACCUCUCUCCCGCAUGUGAUAUUGACCUCUGAUGUCGAUUGGGACCCGUCAGUCCUUGACAACGAGAUCGAUCUGGCCACCGAUUGGUACGACACUGUACAGGAUUUACCCCAACUACCAUAUGUCGAACCGCGUUUUGACCACAUGGGCAAAUAUCUCCAUCGUCAUAUUUCGCUUUGUGACACUCGCCACCAUGCCGUUGACUGUAUCCUUCAAUGUCAGCAGCAUGAAAUUCAGCGUAAUGACCAUGACUACGAAACCCUCCGUCCUUGUCUUGGUUGGGUAUCCGCCGAUACCGUUCGUAAGACUAUACAGGCCACCACCCAGUAUGCACGAGAGGUAUACCACGCACCGUUACGCAAGCAUUAUCAGUCGCGCUUCCCGGCCCUAAAUGUCCAUCGGCGUAACAAGCCAGUUGCCACCAAUACCAUUUGGUCAGAUACUCCUGCUGUUGAUAGUGGUGCCAAAUUUGCGCAACUUUUCGUGGGCCGCCGAUCCCUUGUCACUGAUGUUUAUCCCAUGAAAACCGAAAAAGAAUUUGUUAACGCUCUCGAAGACCAUAUUCGGUUUCGCGGCGCUAUGGACAAGCUCAUCAGCGACCGUGCACAGGUCGAGAUUAGUAAAAAGGUCAUGGAUAUCACCCGUGCUUACAACAUUGACCAGUGGCAAAGCGAACCACACCACCAACACCAAAAUUUUGCUGAACGUCGCAUUGCCACUAUCGAGGCUAACACCAACAACAUUCUCAAUCACACCGGUGCCCCUGACUCCACAUGGCUUCUUUGUGUCACGUACGUGUGCUAUGUAUUCAAUCAUCUCGCCCAUGAAUCCUUGCACAACCGUACACCCUUAGAAGUCCUUACUGGUUCCACUCCUGAUAUCAGUGUUCUUCUUCAGUUCCAUUUUUGGGAACCCGUCUAUUAUCGACUCGAAGAUGCGACAUUUCCGUCUGAUGGUACUGAACAAACGGGACGUUUCGUAGGCAUUGCUGACUCCGUUGGCGAUGCUCUUACUUAUAAGAUCCUCAACGAUACUUCUAAUAGAAUCCUCUAUCGUUCCAGCGUGCGCUCUGCAAACCUUCCCGGUGAAACCAACCUACGCCUUACAUCACGGGAUGGGGAGAAUGGCCCUAAACCUAUCAACUUUAUCAAGUCUCGUCGAACCGAAAAUCUAAAUUCCUAUGAUUUAAAGGAGUUGCCUGGUUUCACCCCCGACGACGUUUCUCACUGA